ACCGACAUUUGACGACAGUCGACACAAAAAAUAUUAAACUAUCACCAAAUUAUAGAAAUUAAUUGGACAAUUGUGAACUCGUGAUUUUAUAGAACAUAUAAAUUUACUAUAUUUACCAGAUUUUGCUGUAACCGGUAAAGAUCAGCUCUUGGAGUUUCUUGAUUCCGUUCCUGAACGCAAUCAACAGAUUGAUGUCGCGCUCCCAUUGUAAACGAGAUUUCAUGUCGCAAAAUGGAUGCGUUUAAUUUAUGAUAAUAAUAUCAGCGAAGUGUCAAACUACCGACAAUACCGUGUGACAACGAGACCGACUAACGUGGCACGCUUUAUGGAGACCGGCGCUCCUUGUCUACGGUCCAUUUAUUAAAGUAAGCUAGGGGUGGUCCAUGCCCCACGCGGCGCCAGCUACCGCCAUGUCGGCCCCGCCGCGCCACCCACACUUCUACACGGUCGAGGUCGGCGACACACGCUUCACGAUCCUCAAACGUUACCAGAACCUUAAGCCUAUCGGUUCCGGAGCACAGGGCAUAGUAUGCGCCGCGUACGACACGGUGACACAGCAGAAUGUCGCGAUCAAGAAGCUAUCCCGGCCUUUCCAGAACGUGACGCACGCGAAACGCGCCUACCGCGAGUUCAAACUUAUGAAACUUGUAAAUCAUAAAAAUAUAAUCGGUCUUUUAAACGCGUUCACGCCACAAAAGAGCCUUGAGGAGUUUCAGGACGUAUAUUUGGUGAUGGAGCUGAUGGAUGCCAAUUUAUGUCAAGUGAUUCAAAUGGAUUUGGACCACGAGCGUAUGAGCUACUUGCUCUAUCAAAUGCUGUGCGGAAUCAAACAUCUUCAUCUUGCUGGAAUUAUACAUCGGGAUCUGAAGCCGUCCAACAUAGUGGUAAAAAGCGACUGCACGCUUAAGAUCCUCGACUUUGGUCUUGCGCGUACUGCCGGCACGACCUUCAUGAUGACACCAUACGUCGUCACCAGAUAUUAUCGAGCGCCUGAGGUUAUCCUCGGUAUGGGCUACACGGAGAACGUGGACAUAUGGUCAGUCGGCUGCAUCAUGGGGGAGAUGAUUCGCGGUGGAGUGCUCUUCCCGGGGACCGAUCACAUCGACCAGUGGAACAAAAUUAUAGAGCAACUGGGCACGCCGUCGGCCGCCUUCAUGGCGCGCCUGCAGCCCACCGUGCGCAACUACGUCGAGAACAGGCCGCGCUACGCCGGCUACAGCUUCGAGCGCCUGUUCCCCGACAUCCUGUUCCCCUCGGACUCCAGCGAGCACAACCGCCUCAAGGCGUCGCAGGCGCGGGACCUGCUGUCGCGCAUGCUGGUCAUCGACCCCGAGCGCCGCAUCUCCGUGGACGAGGCGCUGCUGCACCCCUACAUCAACGUGUGGUACGACGAGGGGGAGGUCAACGCGCCGGCGCCCGCCUCGUACGACCACUCGGUGGACGAGCGCGAGCACACGGUGGACCAGUGGAAGCAGCUCAUCUACCAGGAGGUGGUGGAGUACGCCGCGCCGCCGCCCGCCGCGCUCGCCGCGCCGCCGCCCGACCACGCGCAGCCCGCGCUCACCACUUAGGCGCGCACCGCCGCGCACCGCCGCGCACCGCCGCGCACCGCCGCGCACCGCGCAGGUGCCGCCGAGCGUGCCGCGGCCCGCAGACCGAGCCGCUCCCGCCGGCGGAGAGCUGUGAUCGAUUCCAAUCAAUCUGUUAAUAAAUAAACUGAUGUAUAUAUUUAUUGCGGUUUUAUGUGCAAUAACGACGGACGAGGCUCGCGAGGUCUCGCGAGGUCUCGCGAGGUCUCGCUACAAUAAUAAUGUAAGUCGACUCGCUCGGUUCACUCGGGAACUGUUAUCUUGUCUAUUAAUUGUAGUUUCUUCCUGUUUCUAAAUAAUAUAUAGGAUAAGUUAUGUUUGCGUAUAUAUAUAACUCGUUCCUUUGUUUCGAGCUCAACGGAUAAAUCGAUUUGUGCGUAGACCGGCUUCGUUGAAACUAGCCGCGGGGUGAAAACGUAUAUUUUAUUAGGAAAUAAUAUAACGAGGCUCCAUCUUCGAUCCAGAUAGAUACAUUACAGUUUUUGCUAAACAUAUACCCCAAGUUGAUUUGCAUAAAGGAGUGCCUUUCGCAAUUUGCUAAUAAAAUAUUGGUGAUUUUUCACGAUACGGACUGAAUUUGAUACGUUUGGAUAUUUUUGUAAUAUAUUAUCGACGACGGUGUGACGAAAGCGUUUUUUUCCGAUUGCAAGUUUUAUUUUUUAUUUAAUUAUUAGAAAUAAAAGUGUUGAGCUUGAUAUUUGUUAUAUUGUUUUUAAUCGUGCGAUCCGUUUUUUUUUAAAAUAUAUUAUUAUUAUUAUUAUUGAUCUGUAAGUAUGAAAUAUUGCAAAUUACUGAGCCGUGAAAAAUCUAUUUUCUGAUCCCAUUUUGCCAAUAUAUCAAUGAAUAUCAGAACGAAUUGAAAGUGCAGUGCCAUUUUGUGUAUUCGCUAACGUACUCGCGUACUCGCCAUUUUGUUUGUGAGAUAUUGCCGUUGUGUAUAUUUGCGUGCGUUCCGACUUCCGAGGUCAUUCGAUUACUUCACGAUCUGUUUCUUAGACACACAUGAGAUAGUCACUCGGGAUUUUGUGAUGUUCAUAGUUUUUCAUAAGUAGUUCGUAACCCUAGUUGCGUUGUUGAAGAUUAUCGUAUCGACUGUACGGAUGUAGUUGAAUAUGUAGUGUAAUAGAAUGUCUCACGCGUUAAUGCCGAGGCCAUACUGUGACAUGUUGACAGCUUUUGUUAACCGAAUAUUAUUCUUAAAGUUAUAAAACGUAGUGAAAUAUUUCUAUCGAAAUUAGAAGCCGAUUAUAAGUAAUUAUAAUGUAUGUAUAUUUAGAUAUAUAUACAGUUUUUAUCAAACGGAAAUUAUACAAGGCUUAACGUGUGAGGUACGUCGUAGGUUAUUGUUUGAAACCUCACUAGGUGAUAUAAUUAUGUAAUAAGUGAAAACAAAGAAUGUUGAUAGUCUUUUCGGGUGGUUUCAGCAAAUAGCACAAUUUAUUAGCUAUAGAAUAAUGCUGGGCGGUGAUGUCUGUGAAGAUGAAGAAAUGUUUACCGUACACUAAACGAUAUACAAUAGAUUAUACGUUAAUUUUUACUCUGUUGCCGCUCAUUCGACGGAGGCUCGUACAAAGCAUUGAAGUUUAUUCGUGAAUGUGUAGCGCGGGCACUACGAUGCGAACGUUGUAUUGAAAUAUUGUUAAGUAUGCGGUAAACGAGAACAAUUUUGAGAUGCGACUAGUUAUUAUAAAUCGAAAGCAAUAAUACAUUUCCGAUUUUCCCUCCUCGAGCGCAAAAAAUGCCGUUUCGCUUAUUUCUUGUAUGAAACAUAUCAAGGACGUUUCAAUAGAUAGGUUAAUUUACUGUCACAAUACCAGCAAACCGUUUUAUUCAAUUGCCGCUCCAUAUAGAGAUAUGUCACUUUACUUUUGUUCCAUGUCUUACGUCAUUGUGACAUUGACGUUUCGUUAUAAAUGAAUGGGCGGGAAAAGUUUAUGUCAUCCGAAAAAAAAGAUGUCUCUGGGAAGAUAAUACCUUCCAUACAUUAACUUUGUGGUUUGAAGAUAGAUAUAGAUAAUUUUAUUUACCACACAUAUUAAUGUAUGAAAUAAUUACCGUCUUCUAUAUAGUUGUCUGUUCGUCACACUUUUAUCGGCUGAGAUCUUAUAUGAAAUUAUAUAAACAGAUAAAUUUUAUAUUAUUAUUAACUAUUCCGUUUCACUUAAGUUAUUUAUGAAGGAAUGUUAUGUUACGAAUAGACCGCGGUGGAGCGGAUGGAAUAGUUAACAAUAAUACUAUGAACAACGGUUCAAUUAGUAGUAAAAAAUAUAUAUUUCGUAUCAGCAAUAUGAAAUCUAUAAAGAUCAUUGUAUACAAUAAUUAAAAAAAAAUCUAAAUAUAAGUAGGGAUGUGUAAAUAUACAUGUAAAAUAAGCUAAAUGGAACGAAAGUGAAGAGAACAUGUGCUAUCUAUAGGAGAUUCUGUUUAUCGCUAUAGUAAAUAAAUGAUUCACAACUGUACGUCCAAAUUGUCCAUUUAUAUGUUAAUGUACCUAUUGCAAAUUACAAUAAUGUAAUCUUUAGAAUGUAUUUAGUGUUAAAACAAGGGUUAAGGUAGUGGCAACGUUGAACGCAGGCCGAGCGGCUUCUAGCGGUAUACUCGGUUUAACACUUCGAUGACUAUCUUUAACAACUUAUUUUUACUGUACACGUAAGUUAUUUCAUAUUUUAACUGAAUAAAUCAAAAUGGUUAUUAUA